AUGUCGGUGAUGGAUUUAAGCAUGCCCAAACACCUCCAUCCGGUGACCAGCUACCACCAGAACCCAUACAUGAUGCCGAACCUCCCCAUGUACUCUUAUCCACCUCAAGCCUUAAUACCAACCACUUCAUCCAUCAGCCAUUUGGGCUUUUUCCAACAACUUCAAUAUGCUGCCGCAGCUGCAACACCUCAAAUAAUGGUGCCGCAACCUCAACAAGUCCUCUAUCAACCUGAACCAGUAGAUCAUCAACCUCAACCACAACAAAAUUCUCCAGUAUACAAAGUCCCUCAACUACCACCAAUAAAAAGGCCUUUUAAAACAUUAGCCGCCUCCAAAACAAGCCCUUUAACCUUAACUUCGGCCUUGGAUCCUAGUUUGGACGAGGAAUACGAAGUUUACAGAAACAAAGUGAUAUCGAGGAUUCAAGAGGAGCCUCACAGUCACAGGAAUAUGCGUAGGAACGUGCCGGCUAAUCCUGAAAAGGCAAACGAUCCCGAAUACUUGGAGAGGCGCAAGAAAAACAACGAAGCUGCUAAACGGUCCAGAGAAGCCAGGAAAGCAAAAGAGGACGAGCUGGCUAUAAGGGUGUCUUUUUUAGAGAAGGAGAAUUUGAAAAUGAAGUUCCAGCUGGCGGCAAUCGAACGAGAGAAGAAGAUGAUUAUGUUGAGAAGGAAGCAAAUGCAAAGAAGUUAA